AUGGGAUGCGGUUCGUCAACACCGGUAGCAGCUCCUGCAACAGGGGCAGACAACGGGCAUAGACGAACUCCAGCGGAUGAUCCUGGAGAAGUAGGAAAAUCGAACGCAAUUGAUAGGCAAUUAGAGAGAGACAGACAACAAGAUGAGUUGAAGGUAAAACUUUUGCUGCUGGGUGCCGGUGAAUCUGGGAAAUCGACGAUCUUCAAGCAAAUGAGAAUUAUCUAUGGAACUCCAAGAUCGGAAGAUGAUCUUCGAAUGUACGGUGUUGUAGUAAGAUCCAAUGUAGUCACUGCGGUGAGAAAGCUAUGCCAACUGCUUCGGAGCUUGGAGGCGGAAAGCCAAUUGGCAGGGGAAUCAGCAGCAGACCCUGAGGACACGAUGAGCCCAAAAGAAGCUUACGAUCUGUUGCGAGCUCAUCUGAUUGAUGGCAAUGGCCCGCCACUUGAAGAGGCAACAAACGGGGGCGCUGACUGGGUUGGACACAGCGCAAGGGCUGGAUUGGGUCCCAACAAUGAUGCCAAGCUCUUUUUGCAAUUGUGGCGGCCCGUCAAGAUUUUGUGGGAGUCACGGACGCUAAAGGAGGUCUGGCAAAAGCGAGCACAAGUCAACAUUAUUGAUGGACACAAAGAUUACCUGCAAGAUGUUUCUAGAAUUGCAUCACCGUCUUUCAAGCCAACCACACAAGAUAUCUUGUUGGCGCGUGUAAAGACUACGCAGGUGGUGAUGGAACGAUACAGAAUCGAUGGAAUUGAAUUCGAAAUGUACGAUGUUGGAGGUCAACGAUCAGAGAGACGUAAAUGGCUGGAUUGUUUCGAUAAUGUCGACGCUGUUCUGUUUGUUGCGGCACUUUCAGAAUAUGAUCAAAAGCUUGCGGAAGCAAGAAGAACAAACAGAAUGAUAGAAGCACUGGAAUUGUUCCGAUCGGUGUGUAAUAACCGAGCGUUCUCCAACAGCCAGACAUCCAUCAUGCUCUUUUUGAACAAGAAGGAUGUCUUUGCAGAAAAGAUUCUGUACAGUGAUAUAGCUGCGCAACCCGAAUUCAAGGACUACGCAGGACCUCCAAGGGACUUCAACCAUGGAGUCCUGUAUUUCAUUCAAAGAUUCAAGGAAUGUUUGAUCAGUGAUGAACAAGAAUUCAAGGAUUCCUUUAUCCAUGUAACGUGCGCGACAGAUACAAACAAUAUGGAAUUCGUUCUCGAUUCAACACGAACUAUUAUCAUGACAGACAACCUUCGAAGAUCAGGGUUCCUAGGGAACGGCUAG